GGUACAUAAAAAGGCAGGGCAGCGGGAGGUGGGAAGACGCGAGAGUCAACCAUUCACCCCGCCUCGAGCACCCGGGACCCUGAGCCCACAGCACGCUCCGGCUCCGCAGCCCUUGCCACCCCAAAAGGAUCCAUCGGCAACCUAGGUGGGCAUCAGGAUGAAGGCGGCUCGCUUCGUGAUGCGCAGCGCCAGCUCGCUGAGCAGCGCCGGCCUGGUCCCCAGGGAGGUCGAGCUCUUCUCGCGCUACAGCCCGUCCCCGCUGUCCAUGAAGCAGCUGCUGGACUUUGGUUCAGAAAAUGCCUGCGAGAGAACGUCUUUUUCUUUCCUGCGGCAAGAAUUGCCCGUGAGACUGGCCAACAUCCUGAAGGAGAUCGACAUCCUGCCUGACCGAUUGGUGAACACCCCCUCGGUGCAGCUGGUGAAGAGCUGGUACAUUCAGAGCUUGAUGGAUUUGGUGGAGUUCCACGAGAAGAGCCCAGAAGACCAGAAAGCCCUAUCAGACUUUGUAGACACGCUCAUCAAAGUUCGAAACAGACAUCAUAAUGUCGUCCCUACAAUGGCUCAAGGGAUCCUGGAGUACAAAGACAGCUGUACAGUCGAUCCUGUUACCAAUCAAAAUCUUCAGUAUUUUUUGGACCGGUUCUAUAUGAACCGCAUUUCUACUCGGAUGCUGAUGAACCAGCACAUCCUUAUAUUCAGUGACUCAAAGACAGGAAACCCAAGCCACAUUGGAAGUAUCGACCCAAGCUGUGAUGUGGUAGCAGUGGUCCAAGAUGCUUUUGAGUGCGCGAAGAUGCUCUGCGAUCAGUAUUACCUAACAUCACCAGAAUUAAAGCUCACACAAGUAAAUGGAAAAUUUCCAGGCCAACCAAUUCACAUCGUGUAUGUUCCUUCCCACCUCCAUCAUAUGCUCUUUGAACUGUUCAAGAAUGCCAUGAGGGCCACAGUUGAGCAUCAAGAAAAUCGCCCUUCCCUGACACCAGUUGAGGCAACCGUCGUCUUGGGAAAAGAAGACCUUACAAUCAAGAUUUCUGACCGAGGAGGUGGUGUUCCUCUGAGGAUUACUGACCGCCUCUUCAGUUACACGUAUUCCACUGCCCCGACGCCCGUGAUGGACAAUUCCCGGAAUGCCCCCUUGGCUGGUUUUGGUUAUGGCUUGCCAAUUUCUCGUCUCUACGCCAAGUAUUUUCAAGGAGAUCUGAAUCUCUACUCUAUGUCAGGCUAUGGGACAGACGCCAUCAUCUACUUAAAGGCUUUAUCUUCUGAGUCUAUAGAAAAGCUCCCCGUCUUUAACAAAUCAGCCUUCAAGCAUUAUCAGAUGAGUUCUGAAGCCGAUGAUUGGUGUAUCCCAAGCAGAGAACCCAAAAACCUGUCCAAGGAGGUGGCAGUGUGAAGAGGAACACAUAGGAAACUUUAUGGGAUCAAAGUGGGUCUAUGGCAGAGCUGCUUCAUGAAUAUGUGUGUGGACUCUUGUUUCUACAAACAAAACAAAACCAAGCAAGCGAAAAAAAAUCAACUCUAGAACAGACAUUUAUCCAGCGAGUGGUGGAGCUUGGUUGUGUGACCAGGGAGAAAUCAGGGCAGGAUUCCAGUAGGUGACAGGUGGCCUGCUUCUCAUUUGGCAAUGCAGAAUGAUCCAUGAUUAUUCCCAAUGCAGGGAAAGGAGUCCAUCUCUGAGUUGCACCUCUUCCUCAGCAAGUACCGAGUCUGAGGUUUGCAAUUUCAACAGCUGGAUGUUUUAGAAUUCUUGUUGCCAUCUAGAUAGAUUGGUGUUCAGUGAACUUUAAAUAUUAAGACCGUGGCGUUUUUCCUGCCAUGCAAAGGUUAGAGAGUUCCUAGAAACGUAUGUAAAUGAUGUAAAUGAACAUUUUAUAGGUGUUGACAUGUUCUAGAAAGAGCAGGAUGAGAGGAGUCAAAGCACUUUCCUGAGCUUGCAGCCGAUGUGCAAACUCAGAAGAAAGCUUCUCUGUCGAGACUUGCAGAACCAUGCAGCCUUUUCUGAUUGGGCUGCACUCAAUAAGCCAGUGUUUGGGGGCUGGUGUCUAGCCUACAGUGAAAUGUUAAAUAUGCACUGAGCUCAGGAAGCUGGGUUGGAAAGGGAGAUAAAUUGCCAAAGUGAUCCAAAGAUUGUAUGUGGGGGGAAAAAAGCAUAUUAGGGAAAGAAAUCACAUAUUCAGAACUUAACUGGGAAGAGAUGGUUCUUCUCUAACUGGAAAUAGUGAAGACUCCAAGGGCAUCUACUUUCCAGGCUUAAAAGAUGUGUAUUUUAUGUUUUAGUUAUAUUCUCUACACUCCAACAUUAACAUAUCGUUCAAAUUUUCUAACUGCCAAUUGGCUUGAGGACAUUAAAAUUUAAAUCUUUCUUGGAGCUUUUUUUUUGUUUUUCUUUUUCUUCUUCUUCUUCUUCUUCUUCUUAUUAUUAUUAUUAUUAUUGUUAUUAUUGUUAUUAUUAUUAUUAUUAUUACACUUUAUUCACUUUCUUGUAUCAAGUUCUUGUGCCAGAAUGAUGAGAAUAAUGGAAUAAUGUCCUUUGUGAAUCAUGGAGAUGUUGAGAACUAGUAACUAAAUGCUGUGACAUGCAGGAGGACUGGGAGGAUAUAGGUGUAAUUGGCAGGGGGAGGUCAUCCAUGCAGAUCACCCUUACAAAAGAGCAAAAGAAAAGAAGGAACAAGGGGAGGAACGGAGAGAGGGAAGGAAGGAAGGAAGCAGAAGGCAGGCAUCUUUCUAUUUCCCCACAAGCUAACCCAAGGACUCCUCUGUGUUUUUCUGGGUAGGGAAGAGGAGGAAAUUGUGUCCUUGAAAACAGUAUGGCUUCUUAAAUAGGGUCUCACUCUUCAAGGAUAAGGAGCUUCGUGACAUAAUAAAAUCAUUUGUGUCAAAUUAAUGUCGAAGCUUUCUUCUGCACUGUGAAAUUAUCAGUCCUGUGUGUCAGCUGAGUUUGAAAUUUGUGUUUAAGUUCGUGGUGACCUAGUGCCGAGGUGCUUCUGGUUGUGGCAACAGAGCCACAGCUGUUUGUUCUGGAUUUCAGAUUCACCUUUAGAAGUCCCGGACAAUGAUUUUGAUGGCAGGGCUUUGCCUCCUGCAUUGAUUGAUCACACAAAACUGUUAACAUUUAGGUUACCUGUUGUAUCAUUGUUGCUGGUUUGUUUUUUUAAUUGAAAUUUCAGCUACAUAUUUGUGCAUAUAUAUACUUGUGUUUACCAAAGAUCUAUGGCAUUUUGGUUAAUUAGCCCAGAUGCCAUAAGCUAUGUUUAAAAAAGAAAAGAAAAAAAAUCUUUAGGAUCUCAAGAGCAUCAGCUGUGUAAAUUAGGUUGGAAUAGUCCUCUUUGUUAUUUAUGAACCCACAGGAGACUUUCAGCUCUACUGAAUGGAUACUAAAUGCCCAGGCCCACUUAACUUAUUAUUAAUGUGUGAAUUAUGUUUUUGUUUUUAGGUUAUGUUCAGAGAAAUGUCAUAAUUUUAUAAUAAAUACUUUUCUUAUAAUA